AGCACCUGCACACCUUGUUUCUCCUGGAGAAGAAGGGGCCUCAACGGGGAAGAUUACCAUAGGAAGAGGAUAGUGACCAGGAAGAAGGCUGCUCCAUGUAGAGAUUGCUAGUUACAGAGGCAAGCCAGUGGCACAGGAGACAGCCACUGAACAGGCUGCUUCCAGAGCCACCCCAGCUGACAGCCAAGCAACAUGCCUCAGGAAGAUGGGGCUGGGGGCCACCACCCCUAGGGAGGCUCCAAAUCCUGCACUGUUGUGGAGAAAAAAGCGUGCGUCAGGCUCAGAGGUGGGGAGUGGGCUGAAGAAAGUUGCUCAAAUUCCUGCCAGAUGACUAAUUGGGUAUCUUCAUGUCCAUGGUACUUAAGAUGUCUUAGUGCUACUAGUUCUCCUGUGGCUUAGAUCGUCUUCCAGCAGGUCCUGGUAACGUGCAUCAAAGAGUUUUAAAAGAAGUGGCUGAGGAGCUCCCUGGACCAUCAAUGUUGAUUUCCAAAAAGUCCUGGAAUACUGAAGAACUUCCAGAAGACUGGGAGAAAGGAAUGGCUUUCCUCCUAUCCAGCGAUUUGUCCUGUAUGAAAGAGGAAAAGUCGCCCCCGAGUAAGGCAGAGCGCUCUGAAACCAAACCAAACCAUAGUGUGUUUUUUCCCUUUAGCGUGUCACAGCGGUUGGAAAUAUUUUUGAAAUCCUCCUCCCCGUGCUCUGCCGAAGGUUUGGAAGAUCCGCUUCACUUCUUGUUUAACAAGACGACGACCCCGUGGGCGCAGUGCGCUGUCCCUCCCUCGUGCAAACCCCAACCACCGGCGCAAGGCGCUGUGCCUUUAAGGGGCUCCUCGGCUGCACAUGCUCAGCUCUCUUUGUGGGGUAGUUGGAUUGUCUCUCAGGCGAAGCAGCAGCUGCUGCAGCAGCAGCAGGAGGAGGAGGAGGAGGAGGACGCUCUCCCGGCGGCUGAGGGUGGGAGCCGCCCGCAGCCCCGCAGUGCCGCCGUCCGGCGCGGGUCGGGUGGCUGGGCGGGGGUCUGUUCCGAGCCGCCCGGCGGAGUCCGCGCGUCCGGCGGCGACGAUGGAUCCGGGGAGCGCCUGGCGGAGGGUGGCCGGCUCCCCUGCGCCCCACGGAGUGUGGAGACCUUGUUCCUCUUCCCCCUGCUGCUCAGCCUCGCUGCUGGAUAUGAACAGCUGGUUGCUCUUCUACGGCGUCCUGUACCUGGUGCUCUAUGCCCAGGUGUCCCAGUCCAAGCCCUGCGACAGGACUUCUUGCUUCUCCGGGCGGUGUGUCAACUCCACCUGCCUCUGUGACCAGGGCUGGGUAGGAGACCAGUGCCAGCAUUGCCAGGGCCGGUUCAAGUUAACAGAACCCUCUGGAUAUUUAACGGAUGGACCAAUAAAUUAUAAAUAUAAAACUAAAUGUACAUGGUUAAUUGAAGGAUAUCCUAAUGCAAUAUUAAGAUUAAGAUUUAAUCAUUUUGCCACAGAAUGCAGUUGGGACCAUAUGUAUGUUUAUGAUGGAGAUUCAGUAUAUGCACCUUUAAUAGCUGUAUUUAGUGGUCUGAUAGUCCCUGAGGUGCGGGGAAAUGAAACUGUUCCUGAAGUAGUUACUACAUCUGGCUAUGUGUUGCUACACUUUUUUAGUGAUGCUGCUUAUAACCUAACUGGAUUUAACAUAUUUUACUCCAUUAAUUCCUGUCCUAACAAUUGCUCAGGGCAUGGGAAGUGUACAACUAGUGUUUCCAUUCCAAGCCAAGUGUACUGUGAGUGUGACAAGUAUUGGAAAGGCGAAGCCUGUGAUAUUCCAUACUGUAAAGCUAACUGUGGGAGCCCAGAUCAUGGCUACUGUGAUCUGACAGGCGAGAAGCUGUGUGUGUGCAAUGAUAGCUGGCAAGGCCCUGAUUGUUCUUUGAACGUUCCUUCCACGGAGUCUUACUGGAUUCUACCAAAUGUAAAGCCAUUCAGUCCUUCUGUAGGUCGGGCUUCUCAUAAAGCAGUUCUACAUGGAAAAUUUAUGUGGGUGAUUGGUGGAUAUACCUUUAACUACAGUUCAUUCCAAAUGGUAUUAAACUAUAAUUUAGACAGCAACAUAUGGAAUGUAGUACCUGUAUCAAAAGGACCUCUCCAGAGAUAUGGACACAGUCUUGCUUUAUAUCAGGAAGACAUCUACAUGUAUGGAGGCAAAAUUGAAACAAAUAAUGGGAAUGUCACUGAUGAGCUGUGGAUAUUCAACAUAAACAGUCAAACAUGGAGUACCAAAAUUCCUGCAAUACUUGUACAUGGCCAACAGUAUGCUGUGGAGGGUCACUCAGCGCAUAUAGUAGAGUUGGACAGCAGAGAUGUUGUCAUGAUCAUCAUUUUUGGAUACUCUGCAGUGUAUGGUUACACAAGCAGUGUGCAAGAGUACUAUAUCAGAUCAAAUUCAUGGCUUGUGGCAGAAACAAAAGGAGCAAUUGUGCAAGGUGGAUAUGGUCAUACUAGUGUCUAUGAUGAAAUGACAAAAUCCAUUUAUGUUCAUGGUGGAUACAAAGCAUUGCCUGGCAAUAAAUAUGGAUUGGUGGAUGACCUUUAUAGAUAUGAAGUUAAUACGAGGACAUGGACUAUUUUGAAAGAGAGUGGUUUUGCAAAGUAUCUUCAUUCAGCUGUCUUAAUAAGUGGAGCUAUGCUGAUUUUUGGUGGAAAUACCCAUAAUGAUACUUCUCUGAGUAAUGGUGCAAAGUGCUUUUCAGCUGACUUUCUGGCAUAUGACAUAGCUUGUGAUGAAUGGAAAAUUUUACCAAAACCUAAUCUGCAUCGAGAUUUGAACAGAUUUGGACACACUGCAGUUGUCAGUAAUGGGUCCAUGUACAUAUUUGGGGGUUUUUCAAGUGUUCUGUUGAAUGAUAUCCUUGUGUACAAGCCUCCAGACUGUGAAGCAUUCAGACAAGAAGAACUGUGUAAAAAUGCUGGUCCAGGGAUAAGAUGUCUGUGGAAGAAAAACCAUUGUGAAUCCUGGGAAUCUGGACAUGCUCACAACGUCCUUGAAGCAAAGUGUACCAGAAAAACAGCUGCUGCAGAUGACAGAUGUUACAGAUAUGCAGACUGUGCCAGUUGUACCGCCAAUACAAAUGGUUGCCAGUGGUGUGAUGACAAGAAGUGCAUUUCAGCGAACAGUAACUGCAGUAUGUCAGUCAAAAACUACACCAAAUGUCAUGUGAGAAAUGAACAGAUCUGUAAUAAAUUGACCAGCUGUAAAAGUUGCUCACUAAACCUGAACUGCCAGUGGGAUCAGCGUCAGCAAGAAUGCCAGGCUUUACCAGCUCAUCUGUGUGGGGAAGGAUGGAGUCACAUUGGCGAUGCCUGCCUUCGCAUAAAUUCUAGUCGUGAAAGCUAUGACAAUGCCAAACUAUACUGCUACAAUUUGAGUGGGAAUCUUGCCUCAUUAACAACCUCAAAAGAAGUGGAAUUUGUUCUGGAUGAAAUACAGAAGUAUACAGUUCAGAAAAUAUCACCUUGGGUAGGUUUGCGCAAGAUCAACAUCUCCUACUGGGGAUGGGAUGACAUGUCUCCUUUCACAAAUACGACACUGCAAUGGCUUCCUGGAGAACCAAAUGACUCUGGCUUCUGUGCAUAUCUAGAAAGAGCAGAGGUGUCAGGGCUGAAAGCGAAUCCAUGCACCGCUAAGGCAGAUGGUCUUGUCUGUGAAAAACCUGUUGUUAGUCCUAAUCAAAAUGCUAGACCCUGCAAAAAAACAUGUUCCCUGAGAACAACAUGUUCCAACUGCACGAGCAAUGGCAUGGAGUGUAUGUGGUGUAGCAGUACAAAACGAUGCGUUGACUCCAAUGCCUAUAUAAUCUCCUUUCCAUAUGGACAGUGCCUAGAGUGGCAAACUGCUACCUGCUCUCCUCAAAACUGCUCUGGAUUGAGGACCUGUGGGCAGUGUUUGGAACAGCCUGGAUGCGGCUGGUGCAAUGAUCCCAGUAAUACAGGAAAAGGGCAUUGUGUGGAAGGAUCUUCAAGAGGGCCAAUGAAGCUUGUUGGAGUGCACUCCAAUGAAAUGGUUCUUGACACUAAUCUUUGUCCAAAAGAGAAAAAUUAUGAAUGGUCUUUCAUCCACUGUCCAGCUUGCCAGUGUAAUGGGCACAGCACCUGCAUCAAUGGCAAUAUUUGUGACCAGUGUAAAAACCUAACUACAGGAAAACAGUGUGAAACAUGCAUGCCAGGUUACUAUGGAGAUCCAACAAAUGGAGGCCAAUGUACAGCUUGCACGUGCAGUGGACAUGCAAAUAUUUGUCACAUGCAAACAGGAAAAUGUUUUUGUGCAACUAAAGGAAUCAAAGGAGACCAGUGUCAACUCUGUGACUCUGAAAACAGGUACCUUGGAAAUCCACUCAGGGGAACGUGUUACUACAGCCUUUUGAUUGACUACCAGUUUACCUUCAGCUUAUUACAAGAAGAUGAUCGCCACUUCACUGCCAUAAACUUUAUAGCAAACCCUGAACAGUCAAACAAAAAUUUGGAUAUAUCAAUUAAUGCUUCAAACAACUUUAACCUCAAUAUUACAUGGUCUAUUGGUUCUACAGCAGGAACAAUAUCUGGAGAAGAGAUUCCUGUUGUUUCCAAGACUAAUAUCAAGGAAUUUACAGAUAGCUUUUCUUGUGAAAAAUUCAACUUUCGGAGUAACCCAAACAUCACUUUCUAUGUGUAUGUCAGCAAUUUUUCCUGGCCAAUCAAAAUACAGGUUGCCUUUUCACAGCACAACACCAUCAUGGAUCUCGUGCAGUUCUUUGUCACCUUCUUCAGUUGUUUUUUGUCCUUACUGCUGGUGGCUGCUGUCGUUUGGAAGAUCAAACAAACCUGUUGGGCUUCUCGACGGAGAGAGCAACUUAUGCGGGAGCGACAGCAGAUGGCCAGCCGUCCCUUUGCUUCUGUCGAUGUAGCACUGGAAGUAGGAGCUGAGCAAACAGACUUUCUACGAGGGCCAUUAGAGGGCUCUCCUAAACCAAUUGCCAUUGAGCCUUGUUCAGGAAACAAAGCAGCAGUCCUUACUGUAUUUUUAUGUCUACCGAGAGGAUCAUCAGGAGUCCCACCCCCUGGUCAAUCAGGUCUUGCAAUUGCAAGUGCAUUGAUAGACAUUUCCCAACAGAAGCCUGCAGACUGUAAAGAUAAGAGUUCAGGAGUCAGAAAUCGAAAGCAUCAUCUUUCAACACGUCAAGGAACUUAUGCAGAAUUUCAUCUGAUCUUCACUUUCAUCCUAUUUAAAGAAAUAUCCUGCAUACAAAAUUCAUAUAAUAAACUUCCAAAAGCCAGCUUGAUUCCAACAGUGGUUCUGAGAUCAUCCAUCCAAUAUGGGACCUCACCAAAUCAAUGCUCAACAACAACAAAAAAGCUAACAGAAAAGCAUCCUCUCUAGUAGGCAUUAGUCUAACAAGCUUUGAGGAACUUGUUCACCAUUGUAAAAACUCCAAUAAACAGCUUCAUAUGGCCCGCCUCGCUGUAUUUUCAGUUAGUUAUAAUUCUGAAAUACAGCAAAAGAAAAAAAGAGUGUUGGGGGGGAGGUAGCAGAUGGGUCUUAUUCUCAUUUAUGCAUUAAACGUUGAUGAUGGUUUAUAUGAAACCAAUAGUUUUGUUAGCUCUUGCUCAGAAGUGAAGUUUAUCACCUCCACGGUUGCCAAGGUGCUAAUGUAGGAGAGAGCCACAGAGGUAUAAAUUCCUCUUGUAUAUGAUAGAGUUUUGGUAAAUAUGAAAGAUAUAAAAAGAUAAUUGAUGUUUACUACUAUAGCUGUAUUUUUCAUUUUCUUUUUUAUUUCAGGAAGGUGAUGACAUUUUACUGUUUGCAGUUGACUACAUAGUUACUUGCAUGCCAUGGUGGUGCAGUAGCAGUAAUAAAGCCCUGUUGUGAGUUGAUAGUGUUUAUUUUGUAAUGCCAGUAACAGAAAACUAUUCCACUUAAUUUGGAUGAGGACUGAAUGUAAAAAUUAAAUAAAUAUUAAAAAGAAUGGUUGUACAGGAUUAUUAGGUUGCAUCUGCUAUAUUGUUUUGACAAAUUGUGCAUUUAUGAAUUAUGCUAUAAUUAUUCCUUAGCUGGCAUGAUUGUUUCAGUAUUUUCCUAUCUUAAAAUAUGACUGAUUCUUAAGCUAAAAUAAUGCCAUUAUGAUAUUGUGUUUUUAUUGACUAUGCUGACCUCACUCCCUUAUUUCUUAAAACCUAAGAUUCAUUUUGAAAGAUUCUUUUGUGAAUUUUCAGUCAAUGCUACUUAAAACCUGGAAAAAAGAGUCUUCUGAAAAUAGCUCCUUCUGUCAGUUUUAAUGCGGAACUGCUUGAGGGAAAAUAAGCCAGUAGAGCUGGUGUGCAUGGUGAAUUAGCUAUUCAAAAAGAAAAGAAAAAUAAACCACUUGUCUGGAAAUUUUCCCUAAUUCUGUAAUAUCUUUCUGUCGAAACAUUACACAUGAAAAAUAUACAUUUCUUUGUGUGUACCUGAGACCCAUGGUACACAGGGCAUGUAUUCUACAGAGCAAUUUCUCUGACUGGAAUCCCCAAGUGGGAAUUGCAUCUACCUGUAGUCACCUGGAGUUUGAUGUUACUUGAAAAGUAAAUUUAAGUUUAAAUGGAUUAUAAUGUUUAUUGUAGCACUUGAGAUGGGCAGAUAUUCAUUAGGCAUUUUAUAAAGUUAUCAGUUAAAAACAUGUUGUUUUUAUUGUUCAGGUAAAGUACCAGUGUCAUCGGGUCAUUCAACAUGUUCAUUAUAUUCAGAGUACUUUUUCUAACACUUCCGUGAUCAUUCUUCUCCCAGGCUCCCUGCAUACAAAUUAGUAAAAGAAAAUGCAUUAAAGAGAAAUAUUAAUGUAAUGGUCACCAUUAAAUGGAAGUUUGCAACAGGAAUCAAACCACAGUAUCUGUGUAACUGUGGUUACUUUGUUUUAGGUCUAUGAAAAUACUGAUGUGUCUCAGUGCCACACUGUGCCAGUUGUUGGCAAAUACUGACUCUUAAUGGUGACCACUGUACACUGGGUGACAGAUAUUCUCAUUUGCUUUAUGCUCAAGAAUGUUCAGUGCUCUGCUCCCAGAAUAUUUUUGAACUCUUGAUCAAAUUCAGAAAAUGUUGAGUGACCCUUUGUAACUUUAGCAUGAUUUAUGUUGGACUAAGAAUGCAGGGCUAAAAACUGAUCUGAAUAGUGGCCCUGUGGUGAAAUUCUGACCAUCAGGAUUCGAUAUCUGUAUAUAUUUUCUUUGCAAACCAGUCAUGGAUACUUCUAGGGGGAAAUUCACAGCUAUAAAUUACUGUUCAAAGCAAAGUAACAGAUAUAUUCCAUACUGUAGAAUGGUGAACCAAUCUCUCCAUUUCUCGUGUGUGUGUGUAUACCCUCUCAUGAAGCUACUUGAAUAUAGUCUGUGUAAAUAAGUUACACUUCAGAAUGUAAUGAGUUCGAGUAAUUAUAUUUCUUUGUAAGAGACAGAUAUAUAUCUUUAAAUGGGCAAAUUCAGAUUUAGAUCUGACUGCAUUUUUUUUUUACAAUGGGGCCCUCUAUUUAUAUAGUAGAACCAAAAAUGUAGAACAUUGGAAAAGUUUGGAUCUUGAUAUAUAGAGUCUGAUGUAUAAAAUCAGCAGCAAUGAUUAAUUUUCCAAACAAUUUACACUGUAGGUCUGGAAUCCUGAGGGUAAGAAUUUUGGGAACACUUUAACAACAGUUCAAUUUUUAGGCCUAAUAACUUUGACAGUAUUCAUCUAGAUUAUACAGUCAUUAUGUAUUUAAUUUGAUUACCAGUUGUUGUUUUUUUAAAACCACCUGAAGGGUUUCUGACAAUAAAGGUAAAGUCUCUGUUAAAAAUA